AUGGCCGGCUCCCGUCCCCGUAAUGACUCACUGUCAGGCAAAUCAUGGGUCUCCUCGCCUGCAGCUGGCGGCGACGAGGAAACAUCCUCCUUGCUGGGAACUGGUUUGACUACUCGACAUCUUGAGGCUUUUACGCGCAAAGUCUCUACCACCGCUAGCCAUCUCAUCGGCCCAAAACAAGACACUCCCAGCGGAGCACACUAUCAUUCUGCGGUCAAUGACAUCCACAAAGAGCUGCGACGCCCGUCCAUGCAACGGAGAAUGUUUUCUCUCUCCCAGACCACUCCGACAGACCUCGUCCGAUCCAAACUAUCUACCUCCGAAAUCCAAAAUCGCGCCAUUUCCGCUCUUCCAGAUGAACUGUUAGUGAAUAUUCCGGAGGGCACGAGCUCAUACUCCUUGUUCCAGGGAUUUCAGGCCUCCAUGCCAGAAGAUGAACACGAGCACAGGAAAUCACACCGGAGGCGAAGCUCACGUGCGCACAAAUUAUUGGAUAGUGCGGGAUCGGUUGCGGGGACAUUACCACCUACUAUCUCUUCAUUAAAGAAGGACCGGGAUACGUUCAGUCGAAGACUAGAAAUGAUGGGGAUAAGGAAAAACAUGUGUAGCGCGGAAAUUCACGAAAUAGAUAACAAGAUUGCGAAUUUGCACAGUAUGCGGAAAAUUGUGCUGGACCGUCUAGCGCGGCUUGAGAUGGAUGAGGCGGAUUUGGAACAUGACUUGGUUCAAUUAGAUAACAAACUUGAGGAUAUGGAGGAGGAAGCAGCAACGUCCCCGGACACGCCGAAGACGAAUGAUGCUACAGACCCUUCAGUCGCAUCCGACACACAAGCCAUGGAUGCGUCUUUUAUGUCGAAGUCAAUCUAUGAGAAACUCCCAUCUCCCAAGACCUGGAAAAACAAAUCAUCCAGAAAGAGAUCUAUGCCCGUUCUCCACGAGCAUUUCGAGCCGGGCUCCCUAAUGAAAGAAAUAGAAGCACAUAAUGACAUGAUAUCCGCGAUCGAUUUUGAUGUCCCCUUUGGAACAAUGGUCAGCGCCGCGUUAGAUGACACAGUCCAAGUCUGGGAUCUAAAUUUGGGCCGAUCUAUGGGAUUCUUAGAAGGUCACCAUGCCUCCGUGCGUUGCUUACAGGUCGACGAUAACCUCGUCGCCACGGGGUCCAUGGAUGCAUCGAUCCGGCUAUGGGAUCUCAGCCGCGCAAAAUAUAUCCCCCGGGAUAAUCGCAUUGGCAAAGACGGCACCGACGACCAGGAGGAUGACGAUGAUGGGCUUGGAUACGAAGACACGGCCGCUGCACCUCCACCACUCUCUCCCCGCAGCAUGGAAGAGUGCCACUUGUUCUCAUUAGAAGCGCAUGUCGACGAGGUUACAGCCCUGCAUUUCCGCGGCAACACACUCAUAUCGGGAUCAGCGGAUAAAACACUACGACAGUGGGAUUUGGUAAAGGGCCGCUGCGUCCAGACACUCGAUGUACUCUGGGCUGCAGCACAGGCAUCAGCGUUGUCCUCCAAUGAUAGCCCGUGGCGACCGACUGGUCGGUUGCCGGAUACUUCAGCGGAUUUUGUCGGUGCUGUGCAAUGUUUCGAUGCGGCAUUGGCAUGCGGGACGGCGGACGGAAUGGUUCGACUGUGGGAUUUACGCAGUGGACAGGUCCACCGCAACCUCUUUGACGAUGUGCAUUUGGUUACUGGGAGUAUGGAUCGGAGCAUACGGAUCUGGGAUCUACGAACUGGCUCCAUACAUGACGCGUACGCAUACGACCAUUCCGUAACCAGCAUGAUGUUCGAUACGCGCCGCAUCGUGGCCGCCGCAGGCGAAGACGUGGUGAAAGUCUACGACAAGACGGAAGGGCGGCACUGGAACUGCGGCGCAGGAGUGACUGCCGAGGAAGAAGGCAGGACGACGUCGAUUGUCCAGCGCGUGCGGAUCAAGGAUGGGUACCUGGUUGAGGGCCGGAAGGAUGGAGCGAUUGGGAUCUGGACCUGCUGA